AUGGCGUUGAAUGCUGCCUGCCUCAACCGGGUGUCGGCCCGCCUUACACCCCGCGCUUUCGCUGGGGUGUCUGUACCCUGCAUGUUCGUCACUGCACCGCGGUUUCUCUCCGCUUCUGCGCUAGCUCCUGCUGCGCGUGCCUCCCCCCCUCUGUCUUGCCGCUUUUUCUCCUCUGCAAUCCCGCCGGCGAACGCCGCCGCGCUCGCGGACCCGCUGCCGGCGACGCCUGCAGCGCCCGCAGUCUUCGGGUCGCUCUCCGGCGCAACGGCUCGGGCGGGAGCUGCUCAGCUGAAGAAUGUGCACGAAGUCGCCACCAUGGAGGAGUAUGAAGCUGCAGUGUACGGGGAAAGCAAGAAGAAGCCUGUCGUGUGCCUCUUCUCCGCGCGUUUCUCCCUCCAAAGCAAGCUGCUGCUCCAACCCUUCGCACACUUCGCCGCCAGCGCCAGCAACAACGCAAUUUUCCUUCUUGUCGACUGCGACCGCGUCCCCAGAGCGGCGUACCACGCGCGAGUGGAGAGCGUCCCUAGCAUCGCGGUCCUGAAGGACGACGACGCCUUCCGCCAGCUGAUCACCGACAAAGUCGGCGAGAAGACGCCGGCAGAUCUGAUUCAGGAGACGCGGAGCGCCCUGGACCAGGUGCUUCGCCUGGACCAGCAGGAGGGCGGCACGAAGCUGCAGCCGGGCGUCAGCUCCUACACGCACCACAUUGGCGUUGACAACUUGAACGUCCACCGCGUCGGCUGGCCGGUCGCCUGA